GAAGUGAUCCCUGAAACGGGCAGGAGCAGAGCACAGGGACAAAGGUGGGAGUCCCUGCCUCUGCACAUGUUUGGUUACCUAUUGCAAGCAGUCCUGGGCACAACAGUGAUCCCGUUAUGCGGGCCUGGUGAAAUGGAGAACUGCACCACAGCGCUCAUCCAGACAGAGAACAGCCCACGUGUGGCCCAAGUUGGAAUAACGAGAUGCAAGCCUGAAAUGAAGGACUACUGCUUCCAUGGGCAGUGUGUGUACAUCGUGGACUUGGAUGAGCACUACUGCAGGUGUGACGUGGGCUUCUCCGGAGUGCGGUGCGUGCACUCGGAACUCGUCCGGCAGCCCCUCAGCAAGGAGUACGUGGCACUGACCGUCAUCGUGGUCCUGCUCUUCCUCGCUGCCCUCUCUCUCGCCACCUACUACAUCUGCAAGAGGUACCGAAACAAGAGGAGACAAACAAAUGCCAGUGAAUACAAGGAAGUUGGUGCCCUAUAGGAGAAACUGUGGCUUCUGGCAGCAUUCUGUUCAUCUGGAUGGACUCAGUGACUACCCAUCUAUUUAAAUACUAUUUUUAUUGAUAAUAUUUACAAUAUUUAUAACCUUGUGAAAAUUUCAGUUGUUUGGUGAUUCAA